AUGGAUGGUAACGUAUAUAAUUUUUCAUAACAUAAAGUUUGAUGUUUACAUUUUGACAAAAAUUUUUUUGUUUAUUAUUAUGUGUGCAUGCACAAGGACGCCGGAACUGGGAGGGGGGGGGGCAAAGGUGCCCUUUCAAUUUAAAAGAUUACCUUGGCAUAAGGCCAUGGGAAUGAAAGUCAUAGAUUUGCGUCCACCGCCCGCAUGCCUCAAAAGCUACCGCCUAAAAUUUUCAUUAUUUACAAAAAAAAUCAUUAUUUUGACAAAUAAAGCAAAACUCAAUAAAAUUAGCAAUAAAAUUGUGUAUUGAUUACAAUAAAAUGAACAUAUUGCAGUGUGUUUGUCCUCCGUAUCCACAUUCUAUGAAAUUCCAAAUUAUAUUCACCGAAAUGGCGAAAUUGGCACACAGAUCUUCAGUACUGCAACUGCGUGAGCUCGAGAUAUAUGUAAUUCUGUGGCGUAAACGGUAAUUCGUGUUUUGAUCUCUGUAUUUACCACCCAAAAGGAUGGUAAAAAAAUAAUGAAUAAAUUAAAUAAUGAAAAAAACCCGCAUGUUUUUUCAAAAUUAUCCGGACGCAAAUCUAUGACUUUCAUUCCCAUGGCCUAACAGCGAAUUGUCAGAAAUGUUAGUGUGAUUCUUUUACGAAUUUGCUUCAGAAAACGCAAGAAAUGCAGUCAUCGAGCUUGAAGAAUAGCACAAUCGCCUGGCGGCGAUCCAGUGAUGUUUUCCAGGGGGAACGCCGUCCCCCACCUUUUUUACCAGGGGAACGCUGUCCCCCUGCCAAAAUCAAACUGGGAGAAUGCCGUUCCCCCUGGCAGGGAUUAAAUACUACCAUUUUCGAGCUUCCGUGAAGCGUGCAUUUAUAACUAUGUUUCAAAACGUUUCUUCAGCAUGAGUUUGUCAAUCAUAACUUUUUGUUUUGCAAUAGUAACUUUUGUGGACGUGGUGUCAAGCACAUUGUUUUGCACACGAAAAUUUCUUCUUAUUUUUCACAUGGACUGACUUUAUACUGACAAAAUUGCUAUAGAAAGCGAAAUAACAGAUUUAUAGCACCUUCUGGAUAUGUUUACGUAACAAACCUCUCUAAUACAAGUGCCCUUUUGAGUUUUGAUGCCGAAAUUCAAAGUUUCGCGUGCAAAACAAUAUGUUUUAUACCACGCCCACAGAAGUUAUUAUGUCAAAACAAAAUGUUUUAGGAGCGAAAUAAAAAGUUUUGAAUGGCAAACUCAUGCUGAAGAAACAUUUUAAAACCUAGUUAUAAAUGCACGCUUCACGGAAGCUCGAAAAUGGUAGUAUGAGUGAAGUUCAGUGAACACCGUUUGACACCAUCCAAAUAAUUUUGACAUCACUUGUUCUACAUACGUGUUAUUCUUGGCAAUUUAUAAUUGCUCAUCCUCCUACAUACUAUUAGACAUAUUUCACAACGUACAUGUGUCACUAUUUUAAUCUCCCUGAAACUUGAUAUACUUGCAUAACCCCGGUGAAAAUUUGAUGAAUUAUUCAUGAAAAAUUCAUGAAUUUUGUUCAUGAACUUCCAUCAAAAGUACAUGAACUCUUCAUGAAUGUGCAUGAACGUUAAAUGGCACAGUUCAUGAAAGUAACAGUUCAUGAAUAAUAAGUUCAUGAACUUUUUUGUUCAUGAACAGUUCAUGAACUAAUGUUCAUGCAUUUUUGAAGAGCAAAUCAUGAGCUAUAUUCAUGAACUGUUCAUGAAUUUUCUCAUGAACAUUAAAUGGCACAGUUCAUGAAAAUUGCUGUUCAUGAAUACUUCAUGAUCUUGUAAUCAUGAACAUUUCAUGAAUCAUUCACGAAUAAUUCAUGAAUAAUUCAUGGUUAGUUUUUCAUGAAUUCCUCAUGAAUUUUCAUGAAGUGAUUCAUGAACACUUCAUGGACAUGGCGCAGUUAAUGAUCAAUAUGAUGGAAAUGUUCAUGAACUGAUUUAGAUUUCUAAACUAUUGGAAACCAUAUUAUAACAUAGUUCAUAUCAUAAUCUUUACUCUAUGAGAAUGGGUCUGUCAAUGAAAUCGUAUAAUUAUAAUAUACGAACCAUGCAUUGCGCUUAUGAAUUGUUUGUGAAAAAGCUGAUGAAAUUAUUCACCAACAUUUUAUAAAUUUUAACUAGUCUUAAUAAUAAUCCAGCUACACUUCAAGUUUUACCUAUAUUGAUACAGUUAAACUAUUACAACUACAAGGUUGUCUUUACUAUAUGUGUUCAUAUAUAUAUACGCAGUUCAGUAAAUAACUUCAGUCUUCAUGCACGCAGUUCUUACUAAAACUUACUGUACCGAAACAGCUGAAAUAACAAAUUAAGUCUUCCGCCAGUCAUGCCGCAUUUUACCACAGGGUAGACUCGCAAACAAGGCAACAAAUGGAUAUAUAUAUAUAUAUAGAAUAUAGUAAGAGAAUAGAAUAUUAAGUACUGUAGGAGUUUAUUUAGGCAUUUCUUGGUCGAAUGCGUGCUCGUAAUAAUCUAUAUAGUGUAAAUUAUGAACGCUAAGAAAUGAAAUACGUUUCACUAUUACGAGUCUUCUUAAUUCAAUAAUUCCUCAUUCGAAUAAGUUGAUGGCAAAAUCAUGUAUCGACUAUAUAUAUAUAAAUUUAAUCGAUUUCAAAACUCGAUUUCUUCAGUAUAUAUUAGAGUCCAUCACAGUAUUAUCACUUUGACUCUUUCUCCUUACAAUAGUGUGCCAUGCGCCGGUUGCGCUGUCAUACCAUAGAAAAUUUAGUUAGCCUAGCUACUGUAAGAUCAAUACUGGGCAAUUAAAGGUUGAGGAGACACCUAUAGUUCCGAGUAUACGUACACUAUGUUUGUUAAACAUUUGAUAUAACACAUUUAUUGAAACGUUUUGGGCAUAUUAAUUUAUGGCCGUAUUAAAAACGGUGAUCCGAUAUACUAUUAAAACUUACUUGAUUGCGCUUAGUUUGCGCUAUACUAAUUGCUGGAAUUUCGCUGACGUAGCUACAGUAUACCCCUCCUGGUAGUUUCACCAACGUUGUAUUCUUGAAAUGCAUAUCCAAGCCAACAAACGCCAGUAAACCCAGCAAGAACAACGAAGAACAUAAUAAAACUGAAGUGCUGUGUUAUAAAAUCAUGCACGCAAAUUUGUCUUCCCAUGCACACUAAAUGUGAGCUGUAUUUGUAUAUAGCUCGAGGCUUGGCCGUCAGCCUGUCUACAUGGCCAAGAUGCGCAAACCUGAUUAUAGAUAUCAGAUAAAAUUGGCAGAAAAGACAUUUAGAGUUUGAUUCGUGUAGAAAUGAAUACUAUAACUCACUCAAUUUGAAAUGAUAAAUUUAAUACAGACUACAGUAGUGAAUAAUUCUUUACCGACUCGUAAUAUACGAUCGUAAAGUUAAUAUCAUUAAAUAUACAUCGACAUUCAUUGAAUUAAUACAUUUUAUGAAUUAUUUAUGAUGUACUAUAAUCCACUAAAACUGUUCAUGAAAAGUUCAUGGUAUAAAGUUCACCAAACAAAAUCAUGAACAUUCAUGAAUCAGUACAAAUUCAUCAAAAUUUCAUGUUAUGUUCACCAAGUGAAUUCUAUGAAUUUUUCAUGAAUAAUCAGUUCAUGAAAUAUUCAAAUGAACAUUCGUGAACAUUCAUGAACUAUUCUGUUCAAAACAAAAAGUUCAUGAACUGAUUGGCCAUUCAUCAACUGUUCAUGAACAGUUCAUGAAGAGCAUUCAAGAACACUUCAUGAACACUUGUUCAUGAACCGUAGGUAAAAUAUUUGAUGAACGGAGCAUGAACUGUUCAUGAAUUUACAUGAACGUUCAUGAAUGCACCAUCAAAGUUCAUGACUUCAUGAACAAAUUUUCGCCGGGGAAAAUUCUAGCAGACUAGCAUAAAAAUACGAGAGUCUGAUAAUUGAUGUUUGCUUAUAUAUUACAGUAAGUACUUACCAGUCAUAAGGGAGGAUAACGUCUCUCGCGCAAUCGCGAAAUUAAACAUUCAAAUGAACAUUAAAAUGAUCAAUGGGGACAUAAAAUGAUUCAAUAUAUAAGAACAUUAACAUGAUUGAAUGGGAUAAAUUCAAGGAAAUCUAUUAUCUAUUAGCUAAUGUUUAGUUACUUGCGAAAAUGUUAUAUUCAACUUGCAAAGUUGCCUGUUUGCCGAGUUACUCACAUAGCGGUAAUUGCAUCAUCGAAAAUCGAAAGUCGACAAAAAGGGAAAAGCCCUGGGAAUGAGGUUUGACACUCUACCACAAGCUAGGUGUUUUUAGGUACAUGUUGUACUAAAUCCACCUCAAUGAUUAAGCUAUUGCUCUGCCAACUGAGCUACACGGUCAGGUCAGUUCGAGUAACUAUGUGAUAUUUCGGAACUGAGUCUAGUUCGAUCCUUCGAUAUCGAUGUAAUUUAGUAAUCAUGAUUUUUUUCUGUGUUAAUUGGUGCAAUGUACUCAGUUGGCAGAGCAUUGGGCUAGUAUUCCAAAGGUCGUAGGUUCGAUUCCCACCGUGGCCAGGCAUAUUUUUCAAGCUUGCCCGGUGUGGAUACACACUCAGAGUAACAUCACAAGCAAAAUAAAAUCGUUUGGCGUUAGACAGUGUAAAAUAAUAAAGUACCAAUGAAGGUUUAAAUGGUUUAAUAUAUGGGAAUUUCUCAUUGUCCCUGCUAAGCAGGAUCCCAUUGUCCUGUCCAGCCUAACCAGGAUCACAUAUUAAACAAGUUCUUUAUAGUCCUCAUAAUUCUUCCCAUGAGCUAAUAGAACUCAUUGUUCUUGACAAGCUGAGGUAAUUCCCAUGUAAGUGGAGGUCAUUGUUCACCAUGGAACACCCUGACUGACAUAGCAACUGGAUAACCAAGAAUAGUCCUGGUGGAAGACACAUGCAUUUACAGCUCGAACUUCGAAGGGGCACACCAAGGCCACUUUUGCAUGUCGUUUUAAUUUUGUUUGAAUUAAGCCGAACCAAUCACCAGUGGGUUAUUUUGGCUUGUGUCUUCAAGUUUAUGUAUUGAAUCAGAGGCAAUGUAAGUCAAAAUAACCUGUGUCCACCGCUGGUUAAUUCGGCAAUGUGCUAUCAGCUCAUAUACGACUCGAGCUCAUGGUAUAAUUGUUAAGUAUACGCGGUUAGCAAGAGUUCCGCGUAUUUACAUGGUACGUGACUGAAAACAAAGAAGUAUCAAACCGUAAUAUUGGUGUACUUCCGGUACUUAUAAGUACGCGAAUUAUCGCACCCUGGAAACUUCAAACAUUACGUAAGACUGAAUAAAAUACAAAAGAAGUCAAUGAAUGAGAUAUCGAGGCUAUGCUUGUAUAACACUGCCUAGUAUACAGUACAUAUGCCACAGUAAUUCGUCUACAAUCGUUUGUUGACUAUUCAAAUUAUAUUUACUUAGAUGAGAAGUCGAAGUGCAAGAAAUAUAAGGAAAUCACUGUGAAGCUGAUAACGGAUCAUAAUAUUCCAAAUAAAUCUACAUUGUCUGGAGAUCAUAUGUAAGAAAUAGUCUGAUUAUAGCUUAAUCCUAUAAUUUAGAAGUACAAUUUUGCCAAAAGAGCCGGGAUACGAGGUUGCAAUUUUAUACCAAAUUUCACAACAUCUUCUUUACACAUGUUUCGCUCGGUACUCUGGUUUAAAUAAAUUAUUACAAAGUCCAAAAAGCUGUUUCGACUUUAGACAAGGGAAAAUCAGUUUUAGCAGAAUAUGUAUGUGACACCAAACACGCGAUUGCGUGGGAAAACUCUAAAGUAAUUACCACAAACAAUCGCUAUGGUCAAAGACUAUGCCUAGAAGGGUGGCAUAUAAAUAUGAGCAAUCAUGCUUUGAAUAGGGAUGACGGUGCCUAUUUGCCAGAGGAAUACAUGCAUCUCAUUGGCAGGUGACGUCAUCCCUCUGGUAUUUAAGAAGCCACGAUUGCAAUUUUAGAUCGCCCUGAUGAAGACACUAGACUGGAGUGUCAAAACGUUGCCUCUUGAUUACAAUUUGACUGGGCUUUGUAGUCAUUUAUUUAAACCAGAGUAGCGAGCGAAACAUAUGAUUGAUAUACCUGGUUGCGGUGAACGAACAAACUUUAAAUCUUGUUUACACUUAGGAAUAGUUCUCCAGAAAUCUUGUCUGGAUCAAUAAAAGCUUUAUUUUCUUAAACAAUCCGACCUGAGGAAAUGUGCAAACCAAUACAGCGGGUUAAAUUUUAACUCAUGGUUAGCGCUGAUCGUGCUUUGAACAAUUGGACCUUGGGAUGUUUUUCUUUGCAUUUUGAUUAUCUUACACAUUAAACAGUUGUAAACACCAGUCGAAGUAGGCAUAAUUCUAUCUGAAUGAAUGAUAAUUACUGUACUUUGUACUAGUCAAUGUAUUAUGGGUCCUUAAAUGAUGUCUGGUCUGGCAUUGUGGUACUUUAUUGUCACAAUUCAGUAUCGUACUCUUACGGUGGUCGGUAUCAUCUGUUUGACAAAAAAGUAUUGGUUUACUUUUACAAAAAUUAAAGAUGAUGCUUGUAUUAGCUAAUCUAUAAAACGACGGUAAUAUAUGGGCAAUUCCAGCUUUAGUUUAUGCGUGCAGGGGACGACGGGAAGUAAGGUAUCACAUUGGUGAUUAUGCUGAAAAAAUAAAAAUGGUGGCCGUGUAAACACGGAGUGAUAGCUUAUACUUGUAAAUAUUGGAAUGUUUCGGUAGUUUUUAUUGAAAUUUUUCAGCAUAAUCAGCAAUAUGAUACCUUACUUCCCAUCAUCCCCUGCAGGCAUAAACUAAAAGCUGGAAUUGCCUAUUAAAUUUAACAAAAAGGCAAUAGUAACUGGGGUUUUUUCUCCUAAAAUGUUAUUUUUACAUUUGCCACUCCAUUUCGUCCAUUGAUUUACUUUAGUCGGUUAAUUGAUGUGGGCAAUCAUUUUUAACUUAUUACCCCACCGCCGGGAUACAUUGCUUUUAUCUCAAGCCAUGUGACCGCGACUCAGCCAACCACAUUUAUUUUUAGGGUUAAGCACGAGCAUUAUUUAUAACAAUGCAGUUUAAAUUAUCGCAUUGUUGCCCCAAUAGCUGCAUUUUCAUGUUCGCCAGUUGUAGUAUCGACUCUAUGGUAGCCUAACAUGAAAAGCAGGCCAUUAGGGCAAGAGUGCGACAGGCUAGCUAGCGAUUUAUUUUUUAAUACUUUGAUUGAUUCUUAAUUUUGUGUUUUACAGUGCAGAUGCUUUAGGAAAACUCACUCAUAUUCGACUUGAUCGGCUUGAAAUUACAAAAAUUGAUAAUCUGGAGUGUUUGGGACCCGUGACAAACUUGUAUUUGCAACAG